AUGUCAGAACGAGAAAAUUUCAAAUAUAUCCCCAUAUCACCCAGUGGGAUAUACUGGCAAAAUGAUUUCAUAUCCGCAGAGCACGAACAACGUCUAAUAUCGAUAUUUCUGCACGAACUAGAAUGGCCAGUCCGCACCGGCCGCACCUCCCUCCACUAUGGCUACACAUUCGACUAUAAAACCUUCGGGAUAGAUCCCGAAAUCCCCUAUAAGGAAUUCCCAGACUGGCUACAGCCUCUUAUACCCACUACCGAAUCCCGCCCGCCGGAUCAAGUCUGUCUACAAUAUUAUCCGCCUGGCGCUGGGAUCCCGCCGCAUGCUGAUGCGCAUAGGGCCUGGGAUCAGCUGUAUGCUUUGAGCCUUGGCGCGCCGGUUAUUAUGCAGUUUCGGAAGGAUGAGGAGCGCGUUGACGUUGAUUUGGUGCCCAGGUGUAUGAUGCAGAUGGCGGGUGAUGCGCGGUUGCAUUGGACUCAUGGGAUUAAGAAGAGGAAGAAUGACAUACUGGCUGAUGGGACUGUUAGGCCCAGGGAUCAUCGGUGGAGUCUUACGUAUCGGUGGGCUAGGGAGGGGGACUGUGAAUGCGGAAAUUUGGGGCUUUGCGAUGUGGCCCAGCGACGUUUGGGCGUUGAGAAGGAGAAGAGGUCUGUUUUGGAAUUGACUACUAAGAAGGCUGUUGAGUUACAAUCUGAGGACGUCGAUUCGAUAAGCAUCACGGUAUAA